AGGGAAAAGAGGAGUAUCUAAGCCAUCGAAGCCAUCACGUAGCCCUAGGCUUCUUCUUCUCCCUCUUCUGAACCCCUAUUCACGAUCAACCCCCUUCUUAACCUAUCUUCUGCCACUUCAUGCAUGCCAGAGCUCGCCUCACCAUAGAUCGAAGCGCCGCCAUUGCGCACAGGCCAGAGCAUCCUCCAGCCGCCGUCUCGUGAGUUCGCCUGCACGUCACGCUUAUCAUCACCGCCGACUCACCCAUCCGUUCACCGGUCGCCGAACACCGUCGUUCGUACUGCCGGGUUUGGGUCUGAGUUAGUGGAGUGGUGAUCUCCAGUGGAUUUGGCCAAUAAUCUCUCCUCUUGAAUUAUGCCGUAUCUCUUUCCUAUUGUCAAAACAGUCUUCAAUUGUUCCAAUGCCGUUAAGGAAGAAUUCCUUAGUCAUAUUUUGGCUGCUCGCCAGAAGCUUGUGGUUCCUGUCUGUUGUGUACUAUCAAUUUCUAGAUUUAUCCAUGUUGCAGUUCCUGACCACCCACUUCGCACUUGAUAUGCAUCCAUUUGGUGUUUUGGUGAUGGCAAACCGAAAUUUAGUGUGGAACGCUGCGAAGAAAUGUUUCACAUUUGGAAUUAUUGGGGUUACUGUUUCGGAUCGUUAUGCGAGUGUUGUCCCUAUCCGAGGUGUUUCAAUGUCUCCCACUUUUAAUCCUAGAGCUACUUCUCUGGCAGGAACAGUGUCUGGUGACUACGUGCUAGUUGAGAAAUUUUGCCUUGAGAAGUAUAAAUUUUCUCCCGGUGACGUGAUUGUUUAUCGCUCCCCUUGUAAUUACAAGGAGAAACAUGUGAAAAGAAUUAUUGCCCUACCAGGAGAUUGGGUCGGAACUCGUCAAACAUAUGAUGUUGUCAAGGUUCCAGAAGGACAUUGUUGGGUUGAAGGCGAUAAUGCAGAAUGCAGCAUGGACUCGAGAUCAUUUGGCCCGAUACCAAUGGGUUUGAUUCAAGGGAGGGUGUCACAUAUCGUAUGGCCACCUCAAAGAAUUGGUGUUGUUGAGAAAAAAUAUCCUCAGGGAGAAUCAAAUCCUACUAAUUCCUACUUAAUACUAAACCUACAUAGAUGACCAGUUUUCCAUUAUUGACCCGACCCGGACUUUUGCUUAGGUACAAGAUUUUGGAACUUACGGCCUUUCUUGUACUAAUUUUUAUCCAUCACCUUCUUUAAUGUUAUUUUAUAACAUAUUUACAUACAUUAUUUACCAUUCAUGGGGUAUUUUCAAUGUAUAAUACCCAUAUUCUUGGAUUAUUGGAAGAUUUCUUUCUAGCAAUGCAAUUCUUUAUGUUUAAAA